CCAGCUUCCACCCCGGGCGCCCCCUGGACAACUCCACUGCCGGGACCAUGUCUGCCGAGUCCGCGAGCGGCCCCACGGAGGACCAGGUGGAGAUCCUGGAAUACAACUUCAACAAGGUCAACAAGCACCCGGACCCCACCACGCUGUGCCUCAUCGCUGCCGAGGCUGGCCUAUCGGAGGAGGAGACCCAGAAAUGGUUUAAGCAGCGCCUAGCCCAGUGGCGGCAAUCAGAAGGCCUACCCUCUGAGUGCAGAUCCGUGACGGACUGAGCAGAUGUCGGCGGGCCCCAGGCAGCCUCCGGCCUUCUGGCAUGAAGACCGGGUGCCCCCAUCCCACUGGCUUCAGCAGGCUGCUUUGGUUUUGCAGUGUAGCGCCGUGUGUCCGCGGUUAACCGUCUUGCUAUUUAACAACCGUGUCGUGUGUGUGCGUCGUGUACAGAACUAGAAAAGUGUGUCCUGGGAGGCAAAGUACAAACCUCCCGUGGGAAGCUUGGCUUAGCUGGGGAAGCAGUGUGUGUUGUGUGGCCUGAAGGUCGUGCACAAAACAGGUGCGAGUGGGUGGGGUGGGGGCACCUGCAUUUCCUCUUGACCUUCACCUCCAUUUGCCCUCUCUUGGAGUCAUCCCGGCCUCUGAUGGAAGGGCAACAUGGCAGGGCCGGGAAAUAGUUCCUGCUGAGCCUGCUGUCUCUGUCAUCUUCCCGAUGUUCCAUUUCCUAGCUGACUGGGUGAGCAUGCAUGGGACUGAGUGACUCAGGUCCCAUCCGAUGGACUGUUGGCUGAUACCUGCAUGAACUUGGAAAGAACCCAGCCAGGCUAGAAGGCAGACAUUCUAACUGGGGAGAAACAGUCGCAAAAAAAAGUCUAAAAACAGGCUUCCACGUAUCUUAUUUAAAUGCAUUUGUGAAGUAUAUUUUGCUAAAUAUAACAAACUGCUCUUUUUUUUCAUUUCUACCAUGACAAAUCUAAAUAAAACUAACCUUUUGUGGAAAAUG